UGUAAAUAUAUAAUUUGACAAAUGUUUAUAAAACAAUUUUAAAAUGCAAGCCAUCUCUACCUUGUAUGAACUUCGAUUCAAAGAUCAUCUCAGAGAUCAUCUCAGCUGUCUGCCUGAGUCUCUUCUAUAUUUACCAACACGCAGAGAGGCCAAAAUAGAGACACGUAUCACUUACUCCAUCACAAUCGCACGCAAACGCGGUUCCACGCGGACGACAGACCUGGCAGAAGAAACGGAAGAAGAGUUCAGAGAAACAACACAAUGAGCACACAGGAUGUUGGAUACAAGACUCCGCCCAUCUGUGACCUUUUGACCCUCCUGCUGAAGAACCGUCGACCCUCAGGGGCCUAUAAUGAAGUCUGGCCCGAUAUCUACAUCAGUGAUGUUACGACAGCGAAAGACAAGACCCUUCUGAGACAUCUAGGAAUCGCUCACGUCAUCAACGCUGCACACGGGCCCUCUCACAUCGACACCGGAGCUGAUUUCUACUCGGAUACGAACAUAGAGUAUCACGGCGUGGAGGCACCAGACAGCAGAGACUUUCACAUCACACCAUUUUUCUACCCAACAGCCAGUUUCAUUCAUAAAGCUCUGUCACAGCAAACAAGAGGGAAGGUCCUGGUUCAUUGUGCCAGAGGAGUGAGUCGUUCAGCGACACUAGUGCUGGCGUAUCUAAUGAUAUACGAAAAACUCACAGUCUCCGAAGCCAUCGAUGCGGUUUGCGUCCACCGGAACAUUCUGCCCAACGCUGGAUUCCUUCAACAGCUGCGUCAGCUGGACUCCAACCUCCACGUGCAAAGAAGAGAUGCCAUCUAUUAGCAUAAUUCACCCGAAAAUUAUUUUUGUUUGCUGAAAAUGUACUGUGUUCACCACCUCAAGACAUCCAAUAUAUAAAUGAGUUUGUUUCUUAAUUGCAACGUAUUUGGAUUCAUUCAUUUAAUCCAGCAAAUGGGUGCCGUCAGAAUCCAAACAUCCACUCCAAACUAUCAAUUAACAACCCAUAGUCCAUAACAACGCUUCUCAAAAUAAAAGACUGUAAAACCUAGUUUGAUCUGUGCAGAUUUCUCUCCUGAUUCAGACAAACGUUUUUUUAACUGGAGAGUCAUUUUAGGUGAAAUGGGUAAAAUGCACUUUUUGCUUCACACGACGAUGAUUAAUGGAUGGGAGGAGUGUGGAUUACGUAUAGAUUAUUUAUAUAGUAUCAACUAUUUGUAUUCUCAUUCUGACGGCACCCAUUCACUGAAGAGGGUCCAUUGGUGAGCAUGUGAUAGAAUGCCACAUUUCUCCAAAUCUGUUGAGGAAACAAACUCAUACUAAUCUUGGAUGGCCUGAGGAUGAGAAAACUUUUCUUUUAAGAAUGUGUAAAUUGCCAAAUGUUCUUAGAGUUCUUAGCAUUAAUUUGUGUUCACUAUUAGCGUACUGUGGUGUUCAUGCCAUGUCCCGUAUUGGUUGAAAUUCACAGAGAAACAUACAAAUGUGUUUUUUGGGGGUUCAGCUCUCUCUAGUGAGAGAAAGAGGGAACAGACCUCUAAAAAUAAACCAGAAU